AUGCCCAGGGCAAUUGUCGCCGAUGCAACGCCUAUCGAGGGUGAACAGAAGGCUAUUGUAAUUGGAUGUAGACCUUCAACCCUUGCCAAGAUACAAGCAGAGCUCGUACGCAGCCGUCUUAAAGUCCUCUUUCCUGCCUCCCGUUUUGAAAUUUCCUCCAAAAAAUUUCCCCAGCCGGAGAUAGGGACAAGCCAGAUUACGGAGAGGGGUGGCGCUUCUUUGUGGACGACUGAACUGGAGGAUGCACUCUUCGACGGCGACAUAGAUAUACUCGUGCAUAGUCUCAAGGAUGUCCCGACCAAGUUGAAGGAAGGAUGCGAGAUCAUACAUGUGCUGGAGAGAGAGGAUCGUCGCGACUGUCUAGUGGUGAAGGAUGGUCUCCCCUAUCGGACCUUGGAAGAGCUGCCUGCUGGCUCGGUUGUAGGCACAGGAAGUGUUCGAAGAGUCGCACAAAUGAAGCGAAGAUACCCUCUGCUUGUCAUUAAGGAUGUGCGCGGAAAUAUCGACACACGCCUUCAAAAGUUAGACUCUCCCGACCUGCCCUACACCGCUCUCAUUCUCGCUUCGGCUGGGCUGCUUCGUCUCUCCCUCCAUGACCGCAUCACCUCAUACCUAUCGCCACCCAUAUCGUAUCCAGCCGUCGGGCAAGGUUGUCUCGGCGCUGAAUUCCGCUCCGCCGACACGAAAGUGAAGGCCAUGGUUUCGAGAUUAGAAGUUUGGCAAGAUGGCUGGGCCGUGAGAGCCGAGAGAGCGCUAUUGUGGGUUUUGGAGGGUGGUUGUGCCUUUCCUGUUGGAAUAUGGAGCUCCUGGAGCGGUGACAACAUCGCGUCCGAGUCGCUGUCGGUGAUGACAUCUCCGGAUGGUUCGGAGGAGAUUACUGUUGAGACAACGGGAGUUGUUGCGUCUGUUGAAGAGGUAUUGGAGUUGGGGAAACAAGCAGCCAGAUCUCUAUUAGAAAAAGGCGGGCGUGGAAUCAUAGUGGACCUUAGGGCUGAGAUAGACAGAGCUGCCAGUGAGUAUUAA